GCUACGCCGCUGGUAGCCACAUGACUUGGAAAUGGCGGCUUAUAUGUUUGUUUACAUUUUUAGUUUAAUCACGGUAUGUUUUUCUGCGGUUUCGGAUGGUUUUAAACAGCAAGGCCCAUAUAAGAAAGAAGAAUCGCCGUGGAUUCCAUUGAUUCUAACUACAUGGGGCUAUAGAGAUGCAGUACAGGCAGGUUGGGAUGUCAUCAAAAAUGGACAUGCCGCAAUUGACGCUGUUGAAGCCACUGGACAUUCAUGUGAGAUGGCACAAUGCCGACACACCGUCGGAUUUGGAGGCAGUCCCGACGAAAGCGGAGAAACAACACUAGAUGCGAUGAUAAUGGACGGCGCCUCACACAAUGUUGGCGGCGUUGGCGGACUACGAAGGAUCAAGCAGGCCAUUUCUGUUGCCAGAAAGGUUUUAGACAACACAGAUCAUUCUCUGCUGGUGGGAGAGGCAGCAACACAGUUCGCAGUCGAGAUGGGUUUUAAAGAAGAAAAUCUUACCACACCCUACUCAGAACAACUUUGGAAAUCAUGGAGAAAUAAUAAUUGCCAACCAAAUUUCCGAGAGAAUGUUUCUCCCGAUCCCCGGAAGUCAUGUGGUCCAUAUCAUCCAAUCAGAAGUUCUCAAGUUAUUGACAAAUAUAUGAAAAACGUUGAUAGAAACAACCACGACACAAUUGGAAUUAUUGCAAUGGACGCUAAAGGGAACAUUGCUUCAGGUGCCUCAACGAAUGGACUUAAAUAUAAGAUUCCUGGCCGGGUUGGCGAUUCUCCAAUCGCAGGUGCCGGAUCAUACGCAGAAAACAACGUAGGGGCUGCCGCAUGUACGGGCAAUGGAGAUAUAAUGAUGCGGUUCCUUCCAAGUCAUACAGCGGUGACUUUAAUGAGAGCUGGGCUGUCUGCACAAGAGUCUGCUGAUGUUGCUGUUAAAACCAUACAACAGAAGUAUCCCGAUUUCAAGGGGGCUGUAGUCGCUGCUGAUGCAAUGGGAAAAAUAGGUGUAUCUUGCCAUAUUUGGACGAACUUUCAGAUAACUUAUAUGAUGCCGAGUCUUCCGGAGGUUCAAGUGAGAAAUGUUACUUGUACAAUGAACUAGUAACGUCAGUUGUUAGAGGAAACUGUAAACAUCGCCUUCAUUAAUUCUACGCGCAUGCGUACAAAUAGAUAUCUGACAACCUUACACUGUUUUCUGACCAAAAAUUACAUAUUCCAUUCACAGGGAAAUGAGCGCUAAAGUUCCAUUUGGCGUGAGGUUAUAUUCUUAAGACGCCUUUGCCAGCUCACGGUGGCGUGUUUGAUGUUGUAAUUACGUUACGUGUUUUUGAUUAGUUUUUGCACGUUGAUUUGCUCAACCAUCCUGUUGGAAUAUGUGAAAAUGUCUCUGUGCUCGCGUGGUUACUGACAAUGGCGUUCGUUGCAAUAUGUGUGAAUCAUGCAAUAUACCUUUUUUUGGCAAGAUACGGCCGAGAACAAGAUAUUAAUAACCGGAAUCUCUCUUCACUGAUCUGAUAGUUAAAAUUAAAAGUUAUAUAAUUAUUAUUAUGUGAUACCUGAUUGGUAAUCAUAAUUUUAAAAAAAUCUUGAACAGCAAACUUUUUUCAAAGUUUUUGAUAUAAUUAUUUCUUAUCGAAAAUGCAUUGUAGCUUUUUUUUCAUUUUUUGUCAAUGCGUAAACAAUUGUAGUUUGUUUGCAGCGUGUUUGUUUGUAUGUCUGUCUGUAUGUAAGCCAAUGACUUGUGGUGUUUUUGAAGGGGAAAAUGUAAAAUUGAGUUCCAUUUUUUCCUGAAUCAAUCUGCACUUUCAUUUGAAAUUUGCGCUAAUUAUUUUGUAGUAUUAUUGUGCCUCUCAAUCAGUAAUGUAAUAACACAGUUAUGUUUAUGGUGUCCUGUUUUGCAUGAUCUUUGUUUAAGCCUGCGACUAAAUUUGAAAUGACUUUUUUUUAUUGUAUAUAUGUAAUGAUUAGUUCAGUAUUGACGCUUUACAUUAUUUUCAGUAAUUCGAAGUUCUGCUGUAUUUGUAUUUACUAUUUCAUCUUUUUUGAGUGUUGUUGCCUUUUGUUUAAUAAAACUUUGUAAAUUUAAA